AUGAGUGGACGCAAGAGUUUGGAUGACCAUGUUGAACAUUUGAGAAGUGUCCUUGAGUCAUUAAGACGUGAGAAGCUGUAUGCUAAUCUCAAGAAGUGUAGCUUUUGCUUGGAUAGAGUUGUUUUUCUUGGUUUCGUUGUUAGUUCCAGGGGUGUGGAGGUCGAUGAAAAGAAGGUAAGGGCAAUCAAGGAUUGGCCUACACCUACCACUAUCGCUGAAGUGAGGAGUUUCCACGGCUUAGCGGGAUUCUAUCGAAGGUUCGUGCCGAACUUCAGUACCGUUGCUGCUUCUUUGACAGAAAUCAUCAAGAAGGAUGUUGGGUUCAAGUGGGAAGAAGAGCAAGAGAAGGCUUUCAAUACAUUAAAAGAAAAGCUAAGUUCAGCUCCAUUGCUACUUAUACCAGAUAUCUCUAAACCUUUUGAAAUCGAAUGUGAUGCUUCUUGA